GAGAUGUCAAAGAAUGAAGAAAUGAUUUAUAACCUAUUAAAUAUAAAUAUUUGUAUAUUGAAUUAAGUUAGAAUUUUUCUGCACAAUGUUAGCAGUUAAUUCGAUUAGACGUGUUUUAGCAUCUUAUACCCUAAAGGAUAAUUUUGGUUCCACUUUCAUGGGAUUUGUUAGAUUCCAAUCUAAAAGGAAUAAUAAUCUUAGUAAUAGUUCAAAUUCUGAAGAUAGUGAAGAUUACUCUCCCAAUGACAAGAGCACCACAACUACUAAAAUCAAAGUUACUAAUACUAGAGUGGAUUUAAUCAUAAAAUCAGGAUUAGGAAUAGCUAGAAACAAAAUAGAGAAAUUGUUUUACGAGAACAAAAUAAGAAUAAACGGCCAGAAAAUAGGAAAAAAAAGUGAACAAGUGGAAGAAGGAGACGAAAUAGAUGUGAUUAAGGGACCUAGUCCAAUGAACCCAGAAUUUUUAGUAGUUGCAAGAGUUGAAGUAUUAUCAAUGAAACCUGAAGAAGAAACGAUUUCUGUGAAAAUUAAAAGAAGCAGGUCUUUAUUAGUUGAAAACAAAUCUUAUUGAAAUAUUCACAUUAUUAGUGGUAGUCAAUAAAAUUUUAAUUGGGAAAAUAUCGAAUCAGAAGAGCAGGCUCAGCCAAGAUUGGAUGGGAUAUAAAUAAGAAAAUAUUUGCCUUUUAUUAGUAGUCAGUAUUUCAAUGUCAUUCUAGAAUUGUUACAAAACUUUACAAUUCUUAAUGCUACUUCAUAAAGAAUGAUUUGGUUUAACUAAAUAUUCAUACAUUGAAUAAUUUCUAUAAAAUGCUCUUUUAUUUAAAUCAAUUUUAUAUUGAAUUCUCCUGUAUCGCUUAAAAAGCAUUACAUUAUAAAUUAUAUAUGCAUAUAGAA